AUGGCCGAGAAGUAUCAAUGGUAUCGUAACAGGUGCCGUGAGAUACGUGAGCAGCUUAGAGCGGGUGCUAGUACCCAGUCCGCCAGGGACGAAUUGGAGAAAACAGAUGAGGACCUGAUACGGUCUAUCUGUAGGGUCAACGCUCUUAGUGCAGAAUGGGCGGAGAAGGUGGCCAAGCUGGAAAAGAAAGUGGCCGAGUUGGAGAAAGCCGAGGAUGCUCGAGUGUCUGCUGUGGCGAGGGCUGCGUCGCUAGAAGACACUAUCCGCGUCCUCAGGUCCGAGCAAGAAUCUGAGAGGGCGAUGACCACGAUAAGGGAGGCGCGACUUGAGAAACGUACCGUUGAAAUUGACCAAGAAGCUUCGAACCUGGGAGACCGGGUCGCGACUCUCGAGGCUAAGAAGACGCAAUUGUUGGCUCAGGUUGAAUCUGUCUCUACCACUGUUCCCCGCCGCUUGUAUGAUCUAUGGGCUUCGCUGGCUCGCAAAUGCGUGGGCUAUGUCAUAAUUGCGAAAGUAGCCCAGGCCAGCCUAUCUCGCAAUUGCGAGAAUUUUGAUCCCAAAUGCGAUCCCCCAGCUUGUGGUCAGUCGUCGCAAAUACGACAUGUGGAUCGCAAUUCCCAGCUCGCAAAUGCAAGCCCUUUUUUUGCCAAUGCGAACAUAGCAUAG